CCGCUUUCGGAGCCCGCCGGUGCGGGGACCGUUUCCGAAAAGGCCACCGGGACCAGACGGAUCGGCAGGGCGGGGCGGAACGGUGUUUGCAAUGGCUGCUACUGUGAACUUGGAACUUGAUCCCAUUUUUUUGAAAGCACUAGGUUUCUUACAUUCAAAGAGUAAAGAUUCUGCUGAAAAGCUAAAAGCACUGCUUGAUGAAUCUUUGGCUCGGGGCAUUGAUUCCAGUUACCGUCCAUCUCAAAAGGAUGUGGAUCCACCCAAAAUUUCAGGCACAAAAAACAUUUCCGUUAAGCAAGAGCCCAAAAUAUCAUCCAGUCUUCCUUCUGGCAAUAAUAAUGGCAAAGCCCUCACAACUGAAAAGGUAAAGAAGGAAGCUGAAAAGAGACCUGUUGAUAAAAUGAAAUCAGACAUCACUGAAGGAGUUGAUAUUCCAAAGAAACCUAGAUUGGAGAAACCAGAGACACAGUCCUCUCCCAUUACUGUCCAAACUAGCAAGGAUUUAGCUAUGGCUGACCUUUCCAGUUUUGAGGAAACCAGUGCUGAUGAUUUUGCCAUGGAAAUGGGAUUGGCCUGUGUUGUUUGUAGGCAAAUGAUGGUGGCAUCUGGUAAUCAAUUAGUAGAAUGUCAGGAGUGCCAUAAUCUCUACCACCGAGACUGCCAUAAACCCCAGGUGACAGACAAGGAAGCAAAUGACCCUCGCCUGGUGUGGUAUUGUGCCCGAUGCACCAGACAAAUGAAAAGAAUGGCUCAAAAAACUCAGAAACCACCACAGAAACCAGCCCCUACAGUUGUUUCUGUAACUCCAGCUGUCAAAGAUCCAUUGGUUAAGAAACCAGAAACUAAACUGAAACAAGAGACAACUUUUCUAGCAUUUAAGAGAACAGAAGUCAAGACAUCCACAGUUAUUUCAGGAAAUUCUUCUAGUGCCAGCGUUUCCUCAUCAGUAACUAGUGGCUUAACUGGAUGGGCAGCUUUUGCAGCCAAAACCUCCUCUGCUGGUCCCUCAACAGCAAAAUUGAGUUCAACAACACAAAACAAUACUGGGAAACCUGCUACCUCAUCAGCUAACCAGAAACCUGUGGGUUUGACUGGUCUGGCAACAUCAUCCAAAGGUGGAAUAGGUUCCAAAAUAGGUUCCGGUAAUAGCACUACACCCACUGUACCAUUGAAACCACCUCCACCUCUAACCUUGGGUAAAACUGGCCUUAGUCGCUCAGUUAGUUGUGACAAUGUCAGCAAAGUAGGUCUUCCUAGUCCAAGUAGUUUAGUUCCAGGAAGCAGCAGCCAACUAAGUGGAAAUGGAAAUACUGGAACAUCAGGACCUAGUGGAAGUACUACUAGCAAAACUGCUUCAGAAUCCAGCAGCUCUUCCUCAGCAUCCCUUAAAGGUCCAACCUCACAAGAAUCACAGCUCAAUGCUAUGAAGCGAUUACAGAUGGUCAAGAAGAAAGCCGCCCAAAAGAAACUCAAGAAGUAAUGUGGCCAAGCAGGUUUUUAUAUUAUAUUAGCCUAAAGAUGAAAGACUAUUAUUAGGAUAUAAUCUGUAACAUACUGUAAUUUAAUAAACAUCUUCGUAAUCAAA